AUGGAUGGGUCGGCGGAUCCAACGAGGCGGUUGUUGGGGGAUGCGGUGACGGAUGAGUUGUUGGGGGGCGGGCCGGGAAGGAAUACGGGAACGACGAAGUAUUUGGCAAAUAAGUAUGGCGUGAAGAAUCGGCGGAUAAUGUACAUCUCAUACUAUAUCCCCUUCCUCAAUUGGAUCGGCCAAUACAAAUGGAUAUACUUACGCGGCGACCUCAUCGCCGCCCUUACUGUCGCCUCCAUCUACAUCCCCAUGGCACUCUCCUACGCCUCCAAUCUCGGCCACAUUCCCCCGAUCAACGGCCUCUACAGCUUCGUCUUUAACCCUAUCAUCUACGCCAUGCUCGGAACUUGCCCGCUUAUGAUCGUCGGCCCCGAAGCUGCCGGAUCCUUGCUUACCGGCCAAGUCGUCCGCGACAACAUCAAAAAUGGGAAGACAGGAGACGAGAAUGCGAUUGAGCAAGCCCAGAUCGCUGGGAUCGUGACGACGAUGGCGGGCGCGGUCAUCCUUUCCGCGGGGCUGUUUCGGCUGGGGUUCUUGGAUAAUGUGCUCAGUCGCCCUUUUUUGAGAGGGUUCAUCAGCGCAAUUGGCAUCGUCAUCUUCGUUGAUCAACUGAUCCCCGAGAUGGGAUUGAGCCACCUAGCUACACAAGUUGGCGGCGUCGAGCAUGGAAGUUGUAUAGACAAGGUGGUCUUCCUGGUUCGGAACAUGGAUAAGGCGCAUAAGUUGACCACCGCGGUGUCGUUUGGAGCCUUCGCUAUCAUCAUGGCUCACAGAGAAAUCAAAAAGCGCCUCCAACCCCGCUACCCGAAUGUCGCAUACAUCCCAGACCGCUUCGUCAUCGUCGUCUUCUCCGCCAUCCUCGCCUGGCAACUCCGUUGGGACGAGCAGGGCCUCGAAGUGCUCGGCAACAUCAAGACGCACGGCGCCCCCUUCCAGGUCCAGUUCCCCACCGACAUCCCACACCUGAAGUACGCCUCCGAUGCAUUCAGCACCUCGUUUAUCAUCGCGCUGCUCGGCUUCUUCGAGUCGUCGGUGGCGGCGAAGAGCCUGGGCAUCGCGGAUAGUCGGGGCCAAAACGGCUUGCAGAACGUCAACAUUAGCGCGAAUCGAGAGCUGGUGGCGCUGGGCGUCGCGAAUGUUGUUGGGGGGCUGUUUAUGUCGCUGCCGGCGUUUGGCGGGUAUGGGAGGAGUAAAGUCAACGCGUCGACGGGCGGGAAGACGCCGAUGAGUAGUGUUUUUCUCAGCCUGAUCACGCUGAUUUGCAUUUUAUUCCUCCUGCCGUCUUUCUACUACCUUCCUAAAGGCGUCCUCUCCGCCAUGAUAUCCGUGGUCGCCUACUCCCUCCUCGAAGAAGCCCCCCACGACCUCCGCUUCUUCUUCCGCAUCCGUGGAUGGUCCGAGCUCACCCUCAUGCUCCUCAUCUUCCUCGCCACUGUCUUCUGGAACCUCAAGAUUGGCAUCGCCGUCGGCAUCGGCGUCUCCCUCCUCCGCGUCCUUCGCCACAGCACACGCCCCCGCAUCCAGAUCCUCGGCCGCGUUCCCGGCACCACCGACAAGUUCGAGAACGCCGAAGCUGAGCCGGGGCGCCUGGAGAACAUCGAAGGCGCGCUGAUUGUCAAGAUCCCCGAGCCGCUGACGUUCGCCAACACGGGUGAUCUCAAAGGCCGCCUGAAGCGCCUCGAGGCGCACGGCACCGUUACCGCACACCCGGCCCUCCCGCGCAUCCGCAAGGAAGAACACAACCGGAACAUCAUCUUCGACGUGCACGGCGUGACGAGCCUCGACGGCGCGGGCGCGCAGGUGCUCUCGGAGAUCAUCGACGGGUACGUGACGCGCGGGGUGCGGGUGUUUUUCUGCCGCGUGCCGAGCGAGCGGAGCGGGGUGUGGCGGCUGUUCGUGGCGAGCGGGAUCGUCGACAAGUGUGGCGGCCGGAAACACUUCGUGAGCAGCGUGGAGGAGGCGCUGAGGAUGAGUGAGAUUGAGGAUGGGUUGGAGGAGAUGGCCCCGCCGGGGGGGAGGUACGGGGUGGGGGAAGGACGGGGUGGGGUGGAUGACGGGGAAGAUGGGGUGAUAGGCGGUCGAUAA